AAUGGAAUAUAAUUUCGAAGCGUAAUAACAAAGCGAAGAGAAGCAAGAGAGAGAUUUUUCGAGCAAAGAAAAGAAAAAUAUGAGUGGAGGAUUAUCACAAGACUGGGAGCCGGUGGUGAUCCGGAAGAAGGCACCGACCGCCGCCGCACGCAAGGAUGAGAAAGCUGUCAACGCUGCCCGUCGCUCCGGUGCUGAGAUCGAAACUAUCAGAAAAUCAACUGCUGGCACAAACAGGGCUGCCUCUAGUAGUACGACCUUGAACACCAGGAAACUUGAUGAAGAUACUGAGAAUCUGGCUCAUCAAAAAGUACCAACUGAGCUGAAGAAAGCCAUCAUGCAAGCUCGACAAGAUAAGAAGCUGACUCAGUCUCAACUUGCUCAGCUGAUAAAUGAGAAGCCUCAAAUCAUCCAGGAGUACGAGUCAGGAAAGGCAAUUCCAAAUCAACAAAUCAUCUCUAAACUGGAGAGAGCUCUUGGUGCCAAACUUAGAGGAAAGAAAUGAAGAGCCUCUUGGCUUCUCAAAUCUCUAUUCCAGUUCUAACUGUAGUUAUGUACAUGGACAACUUUUUCUGUUAGCCCUCUUUCUAUAGCCACUAUGGUGCUUGUGCCUUUAUAUGGAUCGAUGGUUCUGGAUUUCUUGGCUAAAUGGGUGUUACUUCUGUGGAAAAAUAAGACGUUUAUGCUUGUGCAAGGGAUGUUAUCUUGUGCUUCCCGUUUUCUUUAGAAAAAAAGUUCUGAGUUCCGUCAGUCAUUCUUCAGAUCAGCACUUGAGAUAUAAUGGAAGACAUAAUUGGCAUAUGGGAAUAUGUCAAGUAUAUCCCUUUGCAGUGUGGAAUAUAAUUUGAUGCUACAAUUCUAUACUAAUGGACAUGUUACCUCUUCUAUAUAAAAAUAAUAAUAAUUGCCCUA